CGGCUGUCCAAAUUGGCACAUUUUGACCACUUUUUCCAUCUUACUUUUUCGAACGCUCCUUGCACGCUUCCCGACUCACUAAAGGACACAAGUAGAGAGCACACCACAAGUUAUUGUCAUUCAAGAAGACUCGUUUCGCUUUCUAUCGCUGACGGAAUUGGCACUCGGUAAACGUGAAAAGCCGUUCGCCCAUCCUUGCCGAAAAAAGGACAAACUGCUGCAUAUCCUAUCACCUCUCCCGCAUGCAGCGGGCAUGUUGCCGCGUCUGUCGCUAUUCGAUUAGGGGUGCUGUCUUCACAUAUUCACCGAGAGUUUGGAAGACUUUACCAAAGACAUGUCUUUCAAACUCAACUGGCCGACAUUUUCGGCAGAGUUUAUGGAGAAGGCACAGCAGCAACUGACAAUUGCGCUGAACAAGGGGGAGAAGCCUUCCAACAUUGUGGGAAAAAUAGAGGUCAAAGAAUUGAACAUGGGAACAAAGCCGCCAGACUUGGAAAUUCUGGAAAUUGGCGAACUGCAGGAAGAACGAUUUCGUGGAAUCUUUAAAAUGGCUUAUAUUGGGGAUGCUUACGUGGAGCUGCAAACCAAAGUGCAGGCAAACCCUCUUCGAACACCGACUACAACUCUCAAAAUAAAUAACAGAGGUGGCAUUCUUGCUGCGAAUUGGCCGCUAGUCGUACCGAUGCGUCUUCGCAUCAGUAACCUUGUGUUGCGGGGAAUCAUCGUAUUGGUCGUCGACAAGCACAAGGGGGUGACGCUUGUAUUUAAAAAUGACCCCUUGGAAAAGGUCGAUGUCAAUUCGACUUUCGACAACAUUCCAAACAUUCGACGUUUCUUGCAGCUGCAGAUCGAGACGCAGUUGAGAAAAAUGUUUCAGGAAGAUCUACCGGCUCUGAUACACAAUCUAUCCUUGGUUUAUUUGCAACAAAAGAAUGGCGGAUCGACUAACAGUGGACAUGCGUGGAAUCCAUCGAAUCAGUCGCCCGCGGAAAACACCCCGAAAGGGCACGUGGAGCACGACGAAAUAUCCUCCCUGGAUAGCGGAUAUCACAGCGAUGAAACUAUGGUCGGAAAGCAACCUGAACCACGGACUCAGCGUGAAAAGUGGAUUGGAAAUGAUCCGAUAGAUGAUGACGAGGAUGACGAUGCUUGGGUUCAUGGAUACAUUUUCUAUCGCAAUCUCAGUGCCUCAUCGGGAGCCGCAGACUAUGGACUUAAAAAUCUCUCAGUUCCGAAACCACUGCUCAGUGACCGUGUUGUUUCACGCUCGCGGACAGUUGAACGGCCAAAUUGGGAAUCCAUGUCCCAUAUUGCAUUCUCCGAUCCGGGACCAUAUUCUACACCACGCCGGAGAUACUCCAACCUCUCCGAUCAUUCCCUUCAUUCCGCAGGCUCUGUAUCUAGUCUACGCCACCCUUACAUGUCAUACGAGUCUUUCUCCACACGGCCACGACUACCCCCUCGAGCGCCGAGCUCAGCAUCCCUCGACGUCGAUUUCGGUCGAGGCUGGACUGGCGACCAUUACGAUACCCGAUCGCUCAAACCCUCUUUCUCUUCGCAUUCAGAGAGCGAUUCACGAUGGCCCAGCACGGACCUCAAUACGCAAGACGAUCACAAUUCCAAUUCCCGCGGACCGGUACAGUUUCCCAGCCGUAUUGUUCUGAAACCUACGGACAAUCCCCUCGCAGCGCAUCUGGCUAACCUGAUGAACUCAAAUCACACCAUAUCACCGCAUACUCAAAGUGAGGAUAUCGAACAUCUAGCAUUUCGUGCGCAUCCUGGAAAGAACACAGCUAAGGAGAAUGGACUGGUUCCUGCUGGUGGUCCUGGAAGUUCUCAGACUGCAUCGAAACGCUCAUGGCGAAGUCGCAAUGUCAUGAAAAUCAAACUUCCUCCGGGGGUGGUUGUUCCCCAGGCGUUGAUAUCUCCUGGGCUCACUGAGAGGAUGUUGGAAGCUGGCUUACACCCGCAAACUGGAGCGCCCUUAUCUGAAGGUUGUCAGCGAGAGACGAGAUGGAGGAAGGCAACAUCAGUGAAGAGUGACGGGGCAGCUGAAGCUGACGAACGACGACGCAAUACAGGCAUAGUACGAACCAUGUCAACAGGUGGAUUGUCUCGCAUGGCUCUCGAUAGCCAACAGCAUCCCGGUCGGCGACCCUCUCACUCCUCACAGCCCGUCCUUUCCCAGCCUCCAUCUCAACGACCACCCUUACCGGGCGACGUCCGAUUGAAGCAUCGUCGCCCAUCAUCCCGAAGUACUGUUAGCGAGGACCGAGUAUCAAUUGAUCGACAUCGCGUCAGAGGCAGACGAGUGUCUUCGAGCGCGAGCCAGCAUGAAGGAAUAAUACUCGAGGAACCUGGAAGCAGCUUUUGACGAGAAGGCUCUAUGGGAUUCAAUAGUAGUUAGUUUGUAGUGACAGUCGACAAAAACCGCACAGGCUAAUACAUAGUGUGGAGGUGAUUGAAAAUGGCACUACAUACAUACAGAGGACCCAUUAUUAUCCGGAUUAAUCCGGUUAAUCAUAUCGCAUAAUCAGAACCCCCAUCUAUUGCUCAAAGCGGUGUGGCAUGCAUAUAAUGUUUUUUUUUAAACUGCGGUGAGGUGCAUGCCAAAGGUCUAUAAAA